UAGUAACAAUAGUAGUAAUAAUAGUAGUAGUAAUAGUAGUAACAGUAGUAAUAAUAGUAAUAAUAGUAGUCACCAUACUGUAUGGUGGUCCAACAAAUAUGAUAAUAUAAAUCGAAUGAUUUUUUUUUUAUCUGUAAACAAAUGUUUUAAAUUAUUUAUGAUAAGAACAUAUAAUAUAUUAUUAUACAAAAUAAAAGAACAAGAAAUAACAAUGUUAUAUUUAUUUUUAUAUAUACAAAAUAUAUGUCUUAAAAAAUUAAAAUAUUAUCAAUCGAAAACAUUUUAUAAAUGGUUUGAGACAAAUUUAUAUUAUUUUAUGACUGAUCAUACAUUUUUAGAUAAUAAACAUUAUAUUAUUAAUGAAAGUAUGAAAAGUACUUAUAAUUACAAACAGAAUACAAAAAACGAUUUGAAUAAAAAAUUAAAUUAUACUUUUUAUUUUUUAGUUAAUGCUUAUAAUUAUCAAGAGAUUGUUACGAUGAUUAACAACAGUGGGGAGGAAAAAUAUGAAAAAGGAAGUAGUGGCACAAAAAAUGAUGAAAAAGGAAAUGAUGGAAAAGGAAAUGAUGGAAAAGGAAAUGAUGGAAAAGGAAAUGAUGGAAAAAAAAGUAAUGACCGAUCAGAAUUUAUUUUAACAAAAAAUGUAAUAAACAAUUUGUUUAGUAAUAAAGAUGUAUUGUAUAAUACGAAAGGUUACACUAAUUAUUGGAAUAAUAUCAGUAAAAGUGCUAAAAGUGGUCUUAUUACUAAUAUUUCAUCCAGUAUUGUAAAAACUGAUCACAUCCCUUAUCUUAUAAAUCCUUCUCCUUUUUUUUAUCAUUCCAUUUUAAGCAAUAAUAAAAUUACAAAGAUACAUUACAGUUUUUGUAUGGAGUAUUUUUUUAAUUUUUUAACUAUUCAUAAUUUAUUUUUAAAUAUAUUAAAAGAUGGUAAACAUAACACAAAUGUUAAUAUUCUAGAAUUUUUUUGGGGGGUAGAAAAUGAUACUUCUGUUGGUACUAGCACAAAUGAUACAAAUAUAAUGUUAAUUAUAUCAUACAUUUCAAACUUUUUUAUUUAUUUUUUAUAUGUUUGUACAAAAAUUAAUAGACAUAAUACAAGUAAAACAACUUUAAUUAACAACACAUAUUACGAUGCAUUGUCUAAAUUAAUUAAUAUCACUAUUGAAAAAAAUGAAAACUCAUUAAUCGUUUUAAAUAUAGAAAAUAUUAAUAGUAGUAUUAUGAAAGUUGAUAUUUUUUCAAAUAUUCAACAAAAGUUACUUAUAAAAAAAAAUGACAAAUCGUUACAUACUGAUACAUAUGAGUUUAUAGAAUCUAUAAGAAAUAAAAAAAAAGAAAAAAAAACAAACAAACAAAUAAUAAGUGAUAAUAUUUUUUGUAUUGAUAAUAAUAACACAAGUAACAAAAAUAAUAUAGUCCAUAACAAAAAAUCUCAAUAUAUGGAUUUAAUAUGUAAAGAAUAUAACAGUAACAAUUAUUAUUCAAAAUAUACACGGUAUUAUAAGAAUUGGUCUUGGAGAGGAAAAAAUCGUUUAUAUAUUUAUUAUUACAAUUUACUUUUAGAAAGAUGUCGUAAGAAUUAUAAUAUUUAUAACAGUAAUAAUGUCAGUAACAGUAGUAACCUUUUUUUUAUGAAACAAAUUUUAUAUAAUUUACCAUUUAUUAUUAAAAAAGAUGUAGCUCUUUUUUUUAAAAAAAAAAGAA